GUACCGCCUAGUAGCAAGUACGGACGAUAAAGCGCGUAUCGAUAACACGCCAUCAACAUCCCGCGCUUGCGCUUUCAACUCCGUCCCGUCAACAACCAACAACACCCAACCAGUUUGUACGCAAUCAUUCAUUCAUGUUUCCUUUACAUAUACUUUGCAAUUCGCUUUCGUGAUUUGGGGUCUCUGCCGCCAUGGCGCAUUCUAAGGGUCUUAAGAGCUCCAUCUGGGCCGCGGCCCCCAGUCACGCCGCCUACGCCAGCUACCAAAUACGAACGCCCACACAAGAUCACUCUUCGCGAUCGAAUCGGGCACGAGACAACCUGCCAUCCUCAUACAGUGCUAAUUCCACGAACUUUUCUACUACCGGCGCUGCUUCAUCAUCAACCGUGUCUGGCACACCCAGCUCGAACUCGACCGCCUUCACGACCCCUUCCACCAGCAACGGGAGCCCUGCUGCGGCCGCCCUCAGUCCGGCACGCACGCUCCAUCGCCUGGAGCAAGCCUGUCUACGACUGCGAUGGAAAUCCCACGAUCUAGAAGCCGCCUGGACACGCUGUCGUCACCCGCAGGAGUUUGGCUUCCCACCGAACAUUGCCGAGGAAAACUUCAAGAUUGACUUUUACGAAUUCUACACUUGGAUUGAGAAUGCGCUCGUGCUGAUCCAGCGGAUCUUUGGGAUUGAAAUCAACGCCCGCAGCAGCGCCGUCAACGCGCGCAACCACGCCUACCACCACAACGUGUUGCUCGCCCUGAGCGACAAGCAGAGCCCACUGCACGAGUUGCUGGGCAAGGGCGAGGUGAACAUUGCGCUGUGGAAGGCGAAAGAGCUGCGAAACCGGUGGAAAGACGCGGCGGAAGGCAACGAGAGCACACCCCUGGGGAUGUAUGAUCUUACGUGGAUCUUGGGCCGGGUGCUCAGCGGCCUGGAGGCGGGCUACGAGAAGGCGAGGGAAGUUGCUAGCAGCAGCGAGCCGGCUGCGUCUGGGACGGAGGACUGGGCGUGGAUGGUAGACGACAGCAUGGACUGGGAGGGCUGCUGAUGUGGUGUGGCAAAAGUUGGAUUACGGUGUUUUAUUUGAUGGCGGCGAUGGCAUACACAGCGAUGGUGCGC